AUGGCGGAGCAUACUGAAGGUUCGCAAACAGCACGCGCCGGUCAUCCUACUCAUCGCCGCAGCACAUCUACACCGGCGACACUGACAUCAUUCUCCAGCGACCGAAAUUUGAACCCCGCAGUCGGGUGGCCGCGGCGAGUUACUGGUGAGCCAGUCCACGGCAACCUAGCGCCUAAUACGAAAGACAAAUACUGA